UGUUAGUGAAAAUGAAUAAAAGGCAAAAAGAUGUGGUUUCUUGGGAGACAUCGAGAAUUCAUUAAAUUUAAUAGAAGGAAAUGAAAUUAGGCAAUGGUGAAAGAAGACAUAGAAUGAUACGAACUAUAAGGAAGAGAUGUAUAUAUAUACAUGUAUUAUUAAUUUGUGAUGAUAGAGGGGUCUGCAGAGACAGCGUCAAAGAGUGGGGUGAGAGUGGAAGCAACACCAUAACGUUUACCCCACUGAGAUCAGAAAGAAACACUGUUGGUCAUACAACCGUAUUUCACCAGUGCAACAGAAAUUAUGCAAUAUUAUUUUGUUACGCCUUUGGUCAAGCAGUCAGCAGGCAAAAUUUCAAGCCAAAAGGAGAGACAAAAAACCCAGCCAUAUCUACGGUAAUGAUGCCUAACUUGGAAGAACGUAGGGGAGAGCACUCUCGAUAAAAUCCGAUGUAAUAUUGUAAACUGAUUUUCUCAGCUGUUUGGCCAAGAGAUAGGAGAGAAGUUCUAAGAGAAGCCGAGCAACCCGAAUCAGUUCGAAAAAAGAUGUUUCGAAGUCGAAUAAAUCAUCUUAUAAGAUGUUACCCGUCUCUGAACUUGAGAAUAGAAGUUCACAAAGAACAGCACAAGGCCCUAGCUCUAUUACCAGGACUUCGGUAUGAUGAUAUCAAUCACACAGGUCAGCCUGACUUGCACAGAUUAUUGAACAUAAUUGGGCGAGUGGAGCAUGCAUCUCUGUAUGACAAGUCACUUGCUUUCCUUGACUACCAAAACUUGAAUCGGAAGGGUAUUGCCAGUUAUGCCAAGGGUGUUGUCAUGGAAAUUCGGAGACAUUUCUACGAGACAACCACACCGAAGUCUCCCAUUCAGGUCUCCCUGAAGCUGACUGGCAUGAUGGAGACAAUGUACACAAUUCGGAGCAGCGCAACAUUUGGGGGUCGCCAUCGGGCUUCCAUCAUGGUCAAGUCCUGCAACUCCCUCGUACAUAGGGAAUCUGGUCUAGCCGAGAAAAUCCCUGACUGGUGGAGACUCAAGUUUUUGCGACUUCUUCCGGAAAUGCCGGAUAAUUACAGACCUGUCAUGCCGCCAGACUGCCUCGGGAAAACGUUUUCUCAUCAUGUCGUAGUUCCGUUGAGGGAUACAGACACGAGCGGACGGACCAGGCACCCAUCUUAUGUGAGAUACCUCAUAGACAACAUAAGCAUUGCAGCUUAUCGCAACUUCUUUCCUGCUCUGGCAAAUUCAAUGCAUGACUUCUACAUUCGACGCGUGUCCAUGGUCCAUUUUUCGCCGAGUGUGUGGGGCGACUCCCUGGUUGUGGAGUCUUUCCUGGACCCCCUGGAUGAACUGAUGAUUCACUGCUUUGUGAGUAAAGAUGGUGAGAUUAAGUGGUACGGAUGUCUUGAGUACUACGAAAACACAUCCAUACCGGAGCAGGAACCUAUCCCUUAUCAGCUGAAUUACCCUUAAGAGUGAUACUUGUGUGAUGUUAACUUUGUUUAGAUUAAUGAUGCAUUUGAUCUGUCUUUUGCCAAAUGUGCUUUUAAUUAUAAUUGUUGAGACGUGUACAUUUUUAGUCUUGUACGUGUUGUCUUUACAUGCUCUUUUGAAGUUACUUUUACAAUUGCAGGUUUUUUUUGUUUUUUGUUCUUUUUACUAUGUAACUUCAUUAGAUUGGUGUACAAAUGUGAUAUAAGUGAAACACCCUGAAGUGAAGAUUCACUAUAAUGCCUCGUCUUCUUCUGAAAAAAAGCUGUAAUUUGUUGCAACCUUAGUGCUUAGAGGACAGUGCCCUGAGACUUUUGGAACCUAUAGAAAUGUACUUUGUAACCUAGUAUGCUCUAUAUCCAGGAUACCUAUUGCUGAAAUUUUGUAUCAAGAAUUGGAAAUACAUUUAGUUAAGCCUAAUGUAUGUUGUUUUCCUCCAGAUGUAUGUCAUUUAUUGCAGAAAUUUUACGCCAUGAA